AUGAUGUUCGUUUACUACGAGGAUUUGGUGGAGAUUAUCGGCCCCAAAACAAAAGCCUAUCGGAAAAGCAAAAAAUUGAAGGAUGUGCCGGAGAGAUGUCUUUGCGAUGGGGAAAAUGUAAGUUGAAUUUUUUGGGGGCUUCUAUGGGACGAGGGAGGCCGGCCAAGUGCGACGCUCAGAUUUUCGGCAAAUUUUAGCAUAGAGUGACGGACCUGUUGAAGUGGCAAAAAACGUAUCAUUUGGUAUCGGGGAAGCAUCAAAAAUGUGGCAAAAUGCCUCCCUCUUCAACUAAAAAAUCUCCGUUUUGUAAGGUUUCGGAAAAAGUUCCUUAUUCUGGCCACAACAACGGUACUCCGCGAACUGCGCCCAAGCUUGGGCGCUAAAGUUAGGAAAAAACGCUUCGACCUAGCUGGCACUGGAUUACUAUAAUAGCUCUAUAGUUUUAAGGGUACCUAAAAAGGCUACGACGACUCAUUUAAUUCCAUACGGAGGCAAUAAGUUUAGUUCCGGACAUGUUUCAUCGUAUAAAGUGUAAAAUCACAGGCUGCAGCCGUUUUUGAAGGAUAAGGUGGUAGGUAAAAAAGAAGGUACCUCGCUAACUAAAUCCAGCAUUGACGACGAUGAAUUGAGCGUGCACGCUAAAUUUGGGCUAACUCCGACCAGUUUCCGCAAAGUUAUAAGUUGUGGCCAAAAUAAGGAACUUUUACCCAAAAAUGUAGCAAAAUACCUCCCUCUCCAACUAUACUCCGCGUACAAUGUUUUGACCCCCCUCCUAACUCGGCCCAAAGUGUACUAAUCCGGACCAAAUUUGGUAUAUAGUCUACUCACAGGCUAGUAACAAAAAAUAACGUAGCAGGACAUACAUUAUAGUUGAAUUGCAAAAUCUAGGAGCAAUUUUCAAAAAUCACCCUAAAAAAUCGAGGAAAAAGUUUUGACCCCCCUUAAAUAAAGUUAGAUAUCGCCAGCGGAUAUCGCCCAAACCUAUCGUAAUCGACGUCUCAUACCUGAAUACAGGUUAAUAAAUGGUUUUCCGUUGAAUCCUUCGUUGCAUUUGAGGAUUCAACGCGUUAAAGCGUUUUUGAUGUAUUCCUGCCCAAAAUGGUAAAAAUCUAGCCCUAGAGCUUUCCAAUAGCUCUAAAUUGGAUUUUUAUUACGUGAUUUAGGCCUGUAUUUACCUUCUCCUUCCGAUGAAUGCGCAUAGUGACCUGGCGGUGUAGAUUCGGCCGAUAUCCAAUUGUCAUGUCCAGCCUUGUCGACCCAUUAGCUCUCUGACCGAGGGGCUAGAUAUGGUCGUUAGGUUCUGAAUGUAAUCCUGAGACUCCUACUUACUCUCAAACAAAGAAUAAACUCCCACUGACACGAUCUCAUAUGGUUUGCAGGCGCAACUUUGCCGAUCUGCACCUUAACCAGAAAACCGAGCUUUUCAAAUGGAUUUUUACCGACGAAAAAUGGCUUGCAUUAGAUGGCCCACGUAAUUUAAGAAGCUACGGCACCCGGCGUACACGUCUGAGACGUAUCGAACGCCAAAUCGCCUGCGGGGAUGUGAUCGUCCUCGGGGGCAUCUACAGUAACGGCAAACUUAAGAUUAAGGUGAAUGAAACCCAUUACAAAACGUGUCAAAUCGAAGCAUUUUACAUUACUGAGUGUAAACAGAAGUCUCAGGAUUACAUUGAGGACCUAACGGCCACACCUAGCCCUUUACUCAGAGAGGAAAUGGGUCGCCAAGGCUGGACAUGACAAUUGGAUAUCGGCCGAAUCUACACCGCCAGGUCACUAUGCACAUUCAUCUAAAGGAGAAGGUAAAUACAGGUCUAAAUCACGUAAUAAAAAUCCAAUUUAGAGCUAUUGGAAAGCUCUAGGGCUAGAUUUUUACCAUUUUGGGCAGCUCUACAUCCAAAACGGUUUAACGCGUUGAAUCCUCAAAUGCAACGAAGGAUUCAACGGAAAACCAUUUAUUAACCUGUAUUCAGGUAUGAGACGUCGAUUACGAUAGGUUUGGGUGAUAUCCGCUGGCGAUAUCUAACUUUAUUUAAGGGGGGUCAAAACUUUUUCCUCGAUUUUUUAGGGUGAUUUUUGAAAAUUGCUCCUGGAUUUUGCAAUUCAACUAUAAGGUAUGUCCUGCUAUGUUAUUUUUUGUUACAAGCCUGUGAGUAGACUAUAUACCAAAUUUGGUCCGGAUUAGUACACUUUGGGCCGAGUUAGGAGGGGGGUCAAAACAUUGUACGCGGAGUAUAAAAAAUCUCCGUUUUGAAAGGUUUCCCUUACGAAAAGACCGGGCGCACGGCAUUCUGUACUUUUGGGACACAACCGAUCUCCGCGACUUUUUCAAUUUUUUUCGGAAUGCGCUUGCUUUUUCUUUCAAUAUCUCGCUAGCCGUUUGCGCCAGAGGGCUGAAAUUUGGCAUGGCGGUAGAGUAAAGAGCUGGCUUUCAGAAAAUAUAAAUAUUGUAAGGAACCCCGCAGCAUAAACUUCCCGAUGACAAUUGAAAAAAUUUCAUUUUUAAAAAUUCUGCAACUCAGAAGUGCAGGUUGCAUGAUCCUGACAAAAAGAGCGGGCGCUUUGGGAAUCGGAGUCCACUUGGAGAGGGAAGCAUUUUGCCACAUUUUUGAUACUUCCCGGAUGUAAAAUGGCACGUGUUUUGCCACUGGAUCAGGUCCGCCACUGUACACGUCAAAGAGAAUUUGAGUGUCGCACUUGGGACUUCCCUUAUUAAAAAUGAGACUAAAUUUCUUCAUUUCGGAGGUGUUUAGGUUGAUAAUAUUAUACUAUCAGUCUGUCGGGAAAAUAUUGUGGAUUUGUCGCUGCAAAAUACCUCGCUUGUUCGCAGUAGCGCAACAAAUUUUCAGCUGUGGUUAGUAAAGCGAUGAUGGGCGAUUCCACGCCGCGACGAAUCCACAUUAUUUUCCCGACAUUCUGAAAUUCCACUGUCAUGAACAAGAUCCAAAAUUAAGCGUCAUAAUGCCCCGUUUAGUUCUGCUUUCCCGGCUUUUCCACAAACUCCACUUUGGUGUUUGGGAAAAAGUUCUCCUGCGAUCUGCUGGACGGCCUUCGCUCCAACCAUCUGCUGCAAGAGGAUAUUGACACAGCUGACGAUAAUGCGGACAUUACGAAUGGCUUCUGGGAGCCGGUCUUUGUGACCGGCGCUUCGUCCAAUCAUUUCGAGGAGCUGCGGACAUUCAUCGAUCGAUUGCGCCGGAUCUACACCAAAAACCAAGUGAUUGUCUACGAUCUGGGGCUGGAAAACGAUGAAGUAAGUGGCGGGUUGAGGUUAUAUCUGAUGUAAAUAAUAAAUUUUUUUCAGAUCUCAGAAGUCAAAUCAUGGUGCAAUGUUGAGCUCAAAACCUUCAAUUUUUCUGUUUACCCCGAGCAUGUGGCGAAUCUUCAAACCUACGCUUUUAAAAUGAUCAUAAUUGUAAGGUUUACGAAGCAAAAAAAAAGCGGUUUUAGAAAAUCGAAAAGACUUUAGACCAUCUAUCAGUCUGUCGGGAAAAUAAUGAGAGCAAUGUCGCUGAAAUGAAAAAAAUUUGAUUUUGCUGCGACACAAUUCAUUUUCUCUGCGGCGAUGCGAUUUUCGAUGCGACAGAGUGCUCAUUAUUUUCCCGACAGACUGAUAUACAGUGGGGGACCUGAUCCAUUGGCAAAAAACGUAUCGUUUUGCAUCCGGGAAGUAUCAAAAAUGUGGCAAAAUGCUUCCCUCUCUAAGUGCAAAAACUUCGUUUUGAAGAGCGCGCGCCCUUUUUCUCACAAAGGGCGCGCUUUUGAAAUCUGAGUUUUUUCACUUGGAGAGGGAGGUAUUUUGCCACGCUUUGCGAUAGCAUUUCAAGGCGCAAUAAAUUAUUUUCCCGACAGACUGAUAUUUAUCGAUCAACUUGUACAUAGGGCAAUGGCAUGACAAAAAACGUACCGUUUUGAAUCCUGGAAGUAUCAAAAAAUGUGGCAAAAUGCCUCCCUCUCCAAGUGAAAAAUCUCCGAUUUCAAAAGUACGCCCGCUCUUUUUGUGAGGGAAAACGAAGUUUUUUCGCUUGGAGAGGGAGAUAUUUUGCCACAUUUUCUGAUACUUCCUGGACGCAAAAUGGUACGUUUUUUGCCACUGGAUCAGGCCCUCCACUGUAGUACGUACAUUCGCAUCCUUACUUUGGCUUCAAUGGGUACAUUUUUCUGACCAAAAAAACUCGUAAAUCGUCCAAAAUGAAGCCUUUCAAGCCCUUAACAAAUCCUCAUUGCACAUAUGUAUAUUUCCGUCUUUCAGGAUGCCCUACAAACCCUGAACGCCUUCUUCUACACGGACACGAGUGUGGCGUUCAAGUCGCAGGCGCACGAAGACCUCCUCGAAGCCGUAAAGUUUGGUGCGCUUCAGAGCUUUGCCACCUUCCCCUAUACAUUUCACAGUGUUGGCGCUACAACUCAUCCGGGAAUGUACGAGUACCUGCCGGUUGCAAUGGAGGCGACAAGGAUGAUGGAGCGAGUGAGCACCGCGAUGCUUGUGGUGGACUCGCCGUACACGCGGAAUGUGAUGAAGUGGUGAGUGAUGAAAAGACAUUUUGAAAAAGACAUUUUAUAUAGUUUGUAACGUAUAAAAUAUCCGUUAGGGGACAUUUUAUACGGUGAAACAUGUUUUUGAUUACCAAGGGAAGUAGUCCAAGUGCGAUGCUCGGAUUUUUUCAAAAGUUUGCACACACGUCAGUCAUGGGCCACUUAUCAAUCCCUAAAAAUUUUAGCUCGCGCUUUGCUGGCAUUGCCGAGAUAUUGAACUAUCUUUGCGGCCGAGAGAGUACGCAAAACGUGGAGAGCGGUCAGAGAAAAGACCACUUUUUGGCGGUAGCUUUACUAGCCUUGCAUGAAAAGAAAAUUUUUUUGUGGAAAGAUUACACUCUCCGGUAGAAAUAGGCAUGAAACUUACAUCAUGAACCUCCACACAACAAAUCCUUCUAUAACGAAAAAAUCUUUCGUUUCCUAGCUAUCCCCUGGCCAUAUGCUUUUCUCUAUGUCCUAGGGUCAAUUUUUACCCGAUUUCCUUUCAGGUGGUACCUCUGCGCAAUGACUUCCGCGUGCAUCUCGCCCGAGGGCUCAACCGUCGACUGUCCCAUUCACAGGCUGCGCAAAGCGCCGCGAAAGUACGCGGAUUGCCAUCGCUACGACCAGGCGUUCUGGAAUUUGAUUUACCUCGACGAUCUGUUUGGCCAAUCCCAGCACGCUGUUACCAUGGGAUUUACGACACCGUACAAACAGCUGACGGAUGACAUUGUCAACGAGGUCGAGCUCAGAUUGGGAGAGCAUUUGAAGCCGUUGUUCAAGACGACGGUCACGCUGCACAAAGGCGCCAAAAUGAAGGAGAGGUACUCGGAUAAGCCGGGGAAUUGCUCGUAG